CAGCCACGGGACCAGGACAGCCUGAAGCAGGUGGCGGCCGUGCUGGACCCAGCUCUGUUGCAGGCAGAUGGCGGAGGGCAGGUGCUGAGCGCCCUGCAGGCCCUGGGCUGCAUCUGUGCCAUCGAGCCUCAGCCCGUGGCGGGCAGCAUGUCCUGGAGGAGGAGGGCAGCGGGGCCCACUGAGGCUGAAGAAGAGAGCUGGACAGAAGAACCCAACGUCCUUCUUUUGCUUCAUACAGAGGAGUUUGUGUCCAUGAUCUACAACUACAGACAGGUGCCUUUGCAGGAAGUCCAGUCUAGCACAGACAGACAGAAGGAGACUUUACGGAGCUUUGUGGCUCGUGUCAUGGAGAAGAUUCCUGGGAAGACUCUGGCACUGGUUGUAGUAGAACUAGAGAAAUACCUAAGGUCUCACAAAGGUCAGUCACAGAAGAGGCCACGACAGGCAGUGCCAAAUGGAAGCCAAAAGGAAGGACAGAGGAAACGGAAAAGACAGAAGGAGGCUUCUGGGCCAGAGGUGUCCAGGCUGGAUGUAGAAGAAGCCUUGGUAGAUCUGCAGCUUCACACAGGCAUCCAGGUUAGAUGCCUUGAGAACUGGAAGGACCUUAGUGAUUUUGCCAGUAUGUUCACCAAGUCUGUCGCUGAAGCACCCUUCAAACGGGAGCGAGAGAACACAGGUUUCUCCUUCUACCUGGAGAAUGAAUGGUGCCGAGGCGUGAAGGUAGACCGCUCAGGGAAGGGGCUCCUGCAGGUUUGGCAGAGGCAGAUUCAGCAGUUCCACCGGGUUAGUCCUGAUAUGGCCAGUGCCAUUGUGUCAGCCUACCCUUCCCCUUGGCUGCUGAAGCAGGCCUAUUGCAGGUGCUUCUCUGAGCAGGAGCAGCAGAACGUGCUGGCUGAUAUCCCUGUGCGCCGGGGUGAUGGAGUAACAGCCACCUCGCGGCGGAUUGGACCAGAACUCUCCAGACGGAUCUUCCUCCAGAUGACCUCCCACAAUCCUGACCUCUGCCUGGAUGUCACCAACUAGCCUAGGACUGUGGAUUGUAUUAUUUUCCUGGUUAAACAUUCACUGCUCUUCUGGGGAAAACGUGUUUGGGUAAGAACAGGGGUUAUGGACUUUGAAGACUUUUUAAGAUCUGUUCCUCCAGUCUGCAAGGACUGCCUCAAGACCCUCCUAGAUGCCUGAAAUGGCCCUAGAGGUGGAGGCUACAGAAAGCACCUCAUCAUCUUUAUCACUCAGGGAUGCUGUGCUGCCUGCAUCACAGUGUUGACUGUUCUUGAGAUUAGCUGCAUGCUUUAUCCUGGAAUGAGUCUGUGCUUCUACAAAAAGCACUAGAUUUGCUUUACGGGUUUAUUAGCAUGCAGUCAAAUCUCUUCUAUGUAAGACAGGAUAUUUUCAUGGUCACCCUUUGAAGCAGUUUGUUCCUUGUCAUAUCCCAACAUCAGCAUAGAAAAACUUGAUCGGGGUGGGGGUUAGUCUAAUUAUGGACUGGACUAAUUUGAACUCUGUAAUAAAAUCUGCAGCCAGAGAUAUCUUUUUAAAAUUAAAGCAGAGAGCAUCUGUCUUGA